CGUCUGCUGUGUUGAUACCGAACAAAAUGGCUGCAGAGGUUUGAUCCUGACCCGACAGUCUCAGCGCUUUCUCCGGACACUCCGCACUUAUCCCUGGAUAUUUCCACUGUCGUUUUAAAAGCAUCUCUGGAUUGUUCGACACGACUGCAGCCAGACUGCUCGCCACAUCGCUCGCUAUCUUUAUUUUUGCACUUUAAUGAAGCAGCUUGCAUCGUAUAAUUUCAUGUCAGUAUACCAGACAGUAACGUUAGCAGCUUCAAACUGCCCUUUUCCUUUACUUGCACCGUAGAUGAGAUGCUAUUUCUGAUGACCACUUUAUGCCACUGUAAUUGACAAACUGCCUCGCUGAUUUAAUGUAUUUUUCCUGGCUUUUCGAGUGUAUUUAUGUCAUGGAAAUGUCAUCUGCUGUUUUUCCAGCAUGCAAGCUUCUAUAAUCUCCAUCAGAGCCCGAGGCUCUGAGUCUGCAUAGAAAUUUCACAACAGUCCUUUUCCCUUUGCAUACUGAAUUUUGCGUUUAUUUUUGUUCUGUUGCCUUUUUGGGACUCUUUCAGCUGCUCAUUCAGUACAGUGUUACCUGGGUCUGUCUGUUUUUACGGGUACAUUUUUUUUUUCGGGAAAAAAGGCCUUUUAUACCGCCGUACAACAUGCAACACUUUUUUAAAGAAAGCUGCCAAAGCUCGACUUGUGAACAAAAAGCUGAGAGAAGCUGAACAUCACGAGGAGAUAACCAUUUGAUGGAAGAAAAGAAAACGCUAGAAGAAGAGACAAAGAAGGAUACUACUCAGAAAACGGACACUGAACAGAAAACCAAAGUGCCAGACUCUGUUAAUCCCAAUUCCACCAUCCCUUCAAGCCCCAUUCUGUCCUUGAACCUGCCUGUACCCUCUGCUGCCACCACCAGCAAUGGCAAGCGUAGCCCUUGUAAUUCCCUGCAACAUCAGUUACACCCAUUACAGCAGCCCAGUCCCCGAUAUGUGCCCAGAGAGGUUCCUCCACGCUUCCGACAGCAGGAGCAGAGGCAGCUACUGAAGAGGGGUCAACCUUUACCUACAGGCACUCUGAACCCGACCUCUGCUUGCACUCAGUCCGGUGUCAUCUCCCCUCCCGAGACGCCCACCAGCAAACGGCACACGGGACUUUCUCAUCAAAGUGGACUGAGAGCCCAGCAUGAAAAUUGUCUUUGGAGCAUCCCAGUCAGCAAAAGCAACAGCAGCAACUGUGAUAAAGUGAUUAUUAACUGUAACGACACCGACACUUGGCCUUCCAAUAGAUACGGCAACAGCCAACAGACACCAGAAUGCACCUUGAACCCUGAACGCACAUCAGAGGUCGUCAGCAACAGUAGCAGCACUAUUAUGGCUACAGGAGCUAGCCAGCAGGGUCAUUACCCAUUUAGCAAAGCCAGCAUUAAUCUCUCUUCUAAUAUGGUCUCUAGUCAAAGUGGACCCACCAGGGGCUGGGUCUCAGAGGGAAAGAUUGACUUGUCCAUGGGCAGUAGAGGGCAGUCCAACUGGGGUGCCUCUAAUCUUAACUUAAAUCCCAGUGCUAACCCUGCUGCUUGGCCAGCACUUGGACAUGAGGGUCCUGGGGUAGGGUCAGGCCCUAGUAGCAUGGUUUGCUCAAAUCCACUUUCGCUCAGUAUGUGUGGCCAAGGAGGAGUGGCACCACCUCAUGGCACCAAUGGAAAUAGUUGCAUUGGUUCAAUGGAAAUUGGAAACCUGGUAGGGGACUGUGCAUGGGGCAACCCGGAUGUCCCAGAACAGCAUCAGUCACCCACAAAUGUAUCUUUCAACAUGAAACCUCCUAACCUUACAAGUGAUGGACCAAAUAACACUAAACCAGAGCCAAUGAGUCCAGUGAACAGCUGGAGAGGAAACCUCAGUCAGUCACCUACUGAGCCUGCCAGUGAAGAUGGAACUGCCUUCUGGGGCAACGGCAAUGCCAAAAAUGCAGAAUCAAAGGACGCAGGCUGGGAUUCUGCAGGCAUUUCCUCUUGGGGGCAGGGGGGAGGUAGCAGUGGUGGUGGCUGGGGUGACUGGGGCAAACAACCAAGCACUGAAGGUACAGGAUGGGAUGUGAAUGAUGGUCCUUCCCAUGACCAUAUGAGUUCCUGGGGCCCUGAUACUCCAGCAAGUGAGGGCAGCAGGGACAGUAGUGAGGGCCACCCACGAAGAAGAGAAAGGUCCUCAAGUGAUGAUUUGGCCCCUUUGCUCCCAAGACAGGACUUGGACCCACGUGUCCUCUGCAACACAGGCUGGGGACAGACUCCAGUUCGCCAACACACUGUUUGGGAAAUGGAAGAAAGUCCAGACAAAAAGAAUGGUGCAGAGACUGAUGUCUGGGGGUCUUCCUCCCACACACCUUCAUCUGGACCUGCACCACCUCCUCCAGGAUGUGCCAGUCCCAACCUCAGUGUACCUCCUAGAAUGGAGACAAGCAAGAGUGAGGGAUCUUGCAGAGCCAUACCAAAUGCAGGCUGGGGAGGAUCAGUCUCAGUCUCUUCUCAGCAUAACAGUGGAUGGGGGGAACCUCCUGCAAAUAAAAAGGUUCCCAAUGGAUCCCAGUGUAGCUGGGGUGAUCCUGUUGCUGAAGGUCCCAAUACCAGUGGUUCUAAUGGCCAAUCCUGGGCUGAAGAAAAGUCCCCUAGCUGGAAUGAUGGUACUUCUCAGAAGAAAACACAAGGUUGGGGUGAUGGAACCAAAACUUCCUUAGGCUGGGGAAGUAGUGGGAGUGGGAAUAGUGGAGAGUGGGGUGACCCUUCAGAAAUGCGAAAGAAUGGGUCUGGAAGUUCCUCCUGGGACCCUGACAACAGAAACUGGAAAGAAACACAGAGAGGAUGGGGUAAAGCAGCACCAGCACAGAGUGGUAGUUGGGGUGAUGCUCAACAUUCCAAUGGUUCAGCCCAAGGUUGGGGUGGAAAACUUCAGGAAUCCACAUGUGGCAACGGUGGAGCUGGAGGAAUAGGAUCAUGGGGCAGCCCAAAUUCUGAGCAACAGAAACAGAGCAACUCUGGCUGGGCAUCAGGAGGGCGACAGGAGCUGGGAGAUGAGGCCACAGGCUGGGAAGAACCCUCUCCUUCUUCUAUUCGUCGCAAAAUGGAAAUUGAUGAUGGGACCUCCACCUGGGGGGACCCCAGUGCUUACAGCAAGAGUGUAAACAUGUGGGACAGGAAUAACUCCCAAAAUAAUCCAGGAACCAGCAACAGUGGCAACAAUAAUAGCCUCACUGGGCCAAACAACAAUAGCAAGCCUCACCAACACCACAGCCAAGGUCCCACUCAGAACCAUGUCAGUGGGAGCAACAACAAUGGUUCACCCAAUCAAGGUGAAUCUCCUCUCAACAGAAUGCCCGUGGUGAACCCAGGCUGGGGAGAGCCUAGUAAUGUACAGCCAAACUCCGAACCCUCUUCAUGGGGCGAGCCAGCCAAUUCUAACUCUUCUGUGGACAAUGGAACUUCAACUUGGGGCCAGCACUCUAGGGGCUGUGGGGGAUGGGGUGAAGGUGGCCAUGACUCCAGUGGACCCUAUGGAAGAGGAAAUGCACCUGCUGGAUCAGGCUCCUGUCAGGAAGGUCCAAAAUCUAUGCAAGAUGGCUGGGGAUCAGGAGGGGAAGAGCUUGGCAUGAACACUGGCCAAUGGGAUGCUGAUGAUGGUGACAUGUGGAAUAGUUCUACAUCCCAAGAUACCUUGUGUAACUCCUGGAGUCAAUCCAAGAAGGGCCCACAAAGGGGCAAGGUCUUCAACAGACAGGAUGAUGUUUGGAUUAUGACCAGACUUAUCAAGCAGCUUACAGAUAUGGGUUUUCCAAAGGAUCCUGCAGAAGAAGCCCUAAAGAGCAACAACAUGAAUCUGGAUCAGGCCAUGAGUGCUUUGUUGGAGAAGAAAACUGAACUGGACAAACGGGGAAUGGGCAUGUCAGACUACAGUAAUGGAAUGAAUAAACCCGUUGUGUGCCGACCCACAAACCUCUCCAAAGACCACUCACUGGAUCGUGCCCCCUUCCUAGACAAGGAUGGUAGGCUGUCAGAUGAUGCUUCAACCUCACAGUUUAUGCCUUCUCCUGGCCUCAAGCUCCCAUUGGCCAAUAGCAGCCUCCCUAGCCACGGAUUGGGUGGGGUCUCCUCUGGCCUGUCCAUGCAAAACUUGAACAACAGACAGAUGCAGAAUGGAAUGUUCGGCACUAACGGAGCAGCACAAACUCGGGUCAUGCAACAGCAGGCCCCGCCCCCUCAACCACCAGUGCCACCUCUUAGCUCCGCCCAGCCUACUCUACGUGCUCAAGUGCCUCAGCUUCUCAACCCUCAGGUUCAAGCACAGCUCUUACAGUUUGCGGCAAAAAACAUUGGACUGAAUCCUGCACUUUUAACCUCACCAAUAAAUCCUCAACAAAUGACCCUGCUGUACCAACUACAACAACUGCAGGUGGCUUAUCAGCGUUUGCAGAUUCAGCAGCAAAUGAUGCAGGCUCAGCGUAAUGUCUCUGGUCCCAUCAAACAACAAGAGCAGCAAGUUGCACGUACAAUCACAAACAUGCAGCAGCAGAUCCAGCAGCACCAGCGUCAGCUGGCCCAGGCCCUGCUUAUGAAACAGCAGCAGCCUCCACCUUCCUCUCACACUGGCCUGCACCCAAAUCUUGGCAAGGCAAGCCUGGAUACUUUCACAGGUCAUCCUCACACUUCAUGCCUCUCCGUCUCAGACCUGCAGACCAAAGAGCAGCAGUCUUCUCCAAACUCCUUCAGUCCUUAUACACUCUCUGGUUUGAACCCGAACAUGAAUGUAAACUGUAUGGAGGUGAGAAGUCUAUCUCUUAAAGACCAACCUCAGCCUCAAUCCCGGCUCUCGCAGUGGACUCAUUCAAACUCCAUAGAUUCCCUGUCAGCUAGCGCUCAGCACUUGGAAGCAAACCUCAAUAAGCACGGUUCAAUCUCUUCUGCUCAGUCCCAUGUUCCUGUCGGAAAGAACACCAUGGAAGAUUCUUUCAGCCCAUACAAUUUGAUGUCAAGCUCCGAAUCCCCCACCAGCACCUUGGUGUCUCCAGAGAGCUGGACACAAGGCAAAAGUCACAAUGAGAAAAUGUCUAAUAACUCCAAUAUCAACUGGCCUCCUGAAUUCUGCCCUGGGGUGCCAUGGAAAGGUCUUCAGAACAUUGACCCUGAGAAUGACCCCAACAUGACCCCGGGAAGUGUUCCAAGUGGCCCCACCAUUAACACUAACAUACAGGAUGUGAAUCGCUACCUGUUACGUGACAGGACUGGGGCCUUUUCCCCAUCUCCGUUUGGGACAGUGUCUUCCUCGAGUGAAUGGUCAGUCAGUGCCUGUAACUCAUUCAGUCUGUCCCCUCAGAACGAGAGGGAUGCUAACAGUCCAGGAAAACUCUUGGAAAUGAAGUCUACCUGGUCCCCUGGACCCAUCUCCCACACACAGGCCUCUUUAUCUCAUGAGUUAUGGAAGGGUUCUCCAGGGACACGUAACUCCUGUGCUCCCUCACGCCCCCCUCCAGGCCUGACCAACACCAAGCCCUCCUCCACCUGGGGAGGAAACUCUCUUGGCCUCAGCCAGGGCUGGACCAGCUCUUACUCCUCAGAAGGGGGAACUUGGAGCUCUGACAGUCCCAACAGAGGAAGCAGCUGGCUGGUGCUGAGAAACCUCACUCCUCAGAUUGACGGCUCCACCCUGCGGACUCUGUGCAUGCAGCACGGCCCUCUCAUUACCUUCCAUCUGAACCUGACGCAGGGCAAUGCUGUUGUACGUUAUAGCUCCAAGGAGGAGACUGCCAAAGCCCAAAAAUCCCUACACAUGUGUGUGCUGGGUAACACUACCAUCCUGGCAGAGUUUGCCGGUGAGGACGAAGUGAACCGCUUCUUUGCACAGGGCCAGUCCCUUACCCCCACCACCAGCUGGCAGGCCAGCCCAGCACCAGGCUCCAAUCAACCCCGGCUGUGCAACCCUGCUGCCAGCCACCCCACAGGCCUCUGGAGCGGGGGUGGAGGAGGUAGCAAGACCGUCUGCAGUACCGGGAACAGCAGCAGCGGAAACGGAAGCGACCUGCUGUGGGGAGGUGUGCCACAGUACUCCAGUUUGUGGGCUCCCCCAAAUGGAGACGACACCAGGGUAAUCGGCAGCCCCAUCCCAAUUAACACUCUGCUCCCGGGAGACCUGCUGAGCGGAGAGAGCAUGUAGGAUGUAUCGGACAUCAUAAACCAACAAAGUCAAAAGACCUAAUGGAUCAAAACCCAAGCAAAUCAAUGUGGCGAUAAUCAUUUUUUGUGGAGCUGUAAUGGAGGUUUAGGGUGAAACAAAGCUGCAAACCUCCCAAUGCUGUUUAUUUGUCCUCUGGUUUUUACGUCAGACUCUCUGUUGUGUUCGUGGAUCUUGUUCUUAGUGUUCAAAGACCUUUGAAAGCAAGAAUCAGUAGAAGCAGAAACCUUUUAAUGCUUUUUUUUAUUUCCAAAGGUUUUUUUUUCUCAGAAGUGUUGUUCAGGAGAAGCCAUCAGCGAGGCAGCCAUCUGAAAGCGACCCAGGCACAGUGAGACCUCGUGACACCUUUCCCUAUAACGACACUGUUCUGAUGAUUGGAACGAUCCUGGUACUUUUUUGGUUUUCAAUUUUGCAUAGUUUCUUCAGAACUUAUAUUAGCCGUAAGUGCUCUCUCUCCAGGUCCUCCUUGAAAUGUUACUUUUUUUUAAAACCAACAAGAAAAAAACUAUCAAAAAAAAAAAAAAAAACUUUGUAUCUUGCACAGUUCUGUUUCUGAGCCAGCGAAUAGGCCAGAGCAAAUGAGAAGAACACUCCUAGCAGUGGCCUGUCAGCAUGACUAAUCACCAAUGAUCUUUUUUCUUUAAUUCUUUUAGUUUUACAAAAGGGAGCUGCACUGCUCUUUGAUUUCUAUUGACUCAUGCCAGUUUGUUUUUACAAAAAUAUGUGUAUGGUUUAAAAAAUAACAAUAAUAAGCUGAAUGUUAAGCUUUGAUGUAGAUGAAUGGAUGUCAGUGUGUCUGCUGGAACUUGACCAAGCAUCUGUGCGCGAGAACAUAACCACUGUUAAAACGCUCUCAGUGGAGGCUUUUUAAGUAUACCUUAUGGACUUCAGUGCUGAACCAAUCAGAAGUUAUUCAGUUACUAUGUGAAGUAUCUGGUUGGCCACUUUCAUUGAGAUACUAUCAAGAAAAGAAACUCAUUCUGAUGCAUUGUGCAAUAGAAGCCAGAGACCCUUUCUUCCGUCCACACUGAAGCUUACUGAAACUUAAGACUCCUUUUUUUUUUCUCGAAGAUUUUUGAAGAAUUUAACCUUUGAACUCAUUUUCCCAUCUUGCCUCUGUCCGUCUGGCUUGCUGGCUGUUCGGUAUUUGCGUGGAAAGGAGAAACUGUUAAUUGUGUUUGACAUCACUCCAUGCAGUUUUAAACUCGGCAUGUGUUGGAUCUCACAGUCUCCCAGCCACUUCUUCACCAAACAGAAACGGAAUCCAAAGCAGAGGCACAUGGCAUGGGAGUCAGGCACAAUACCAAAUACAAUGGGUUUCUCUUAAUGCAGUACAGAAUAAGAGACCUUUGCAUUUGGUACAAACAUAAAAGACUUCUACGUUUUCUAUGUCUCUUCUUAAAGGGGUAUUAUCAUAGCACUUAUUAAAAGAGUUAUGCUCCUUCUGUGAAGCCAAUAAAUCAGAUAAAUGGAGUGUAUAGUUAGAAAAAAAAAAAAGAAAAAAAAAAACCUUCUUAUGGCAACUUUUAACUUUUUUUUUUUUCCUUUGUUUUUGUACCUUACUGGUAAUCAAAAAAAAUGCAUUUGUUUGUCGUCCAUCUCUGGUCCAGAAACUUGAGUGCAAAAAAAAAAUCAGAAUGAAGGGAAGAACAAAUUCUACAAUCAUACAAAACUUGCAAUGUAUGUUUUAUUGUGUGUCUGUACUUUUUCCCCCUCUCUUUUAAAGUGAAUGUCAUUGUUACUCAAAUGAAAUAGUCUAAUGUCUUUAUCUGUCUGGAGGAGGCACCUCGAUUAGAAAAAGAUUGAAAAGGUGAAUGUGGAAACUGAUAGGAGGAGGUUUGAUUCUCCAACGCAACUUCUCCGUGCACCUACUACAAUGGAAUGCAAGGCAGGACAGUAAAAUGACGUCUUGAUAUGGACAUUGGCGUCAUCAUUUAUCGUAUGCGUCCUUGUUGUAGUAACUAAGGUACGGAUCUUCGAAUGUCCCCCGUUCCUUCUCCAGAUAACAUCACACCUCUCAUGGUCAUUGCAUGAUCUUUUUCGCUGGAGCUUGAGAUGGAAUGGAAUUGCCAGUGUUGUGAAAAGUUUUUUUUGUGUGUGUGUGUUUUUUUUUCACAUUCUGUUGGUCUUCAUGCAGUGUUCUUGAACUGCCUUCAGUGCAGGUGCCUCUGUAUACCUGUCCUGUAUAACGAAUGCAAAUGAAGAUCUAUGGUGUGGGCCAUAUUUUUUUUUUUUUUUUUUUGGCUGUUAACAGUGUUCUUAGGUCAUUUAGAUUAGGGCCUCUUCUGUUGAUGCACCUCACCCUGGGUGUCCCACCUCUAACUCAGCUGCUAACAUCCUCUUUUCUCUUGUGUGGCCUCGGUGAAGCCAACCCUGUUGUCGAGACAAGUCGCCCGUACUUGAAAAGCCCUGUCCGAGCAGCGUUUCUGUGGACAGACUCUUUCUGCCACUGGCUGUUUAACUACAGCACACGGUAUGCUGUCACUAUGCAAAGUUAGAGAAGAUGGGCAAGUAAUGUCAGCCCUGUGCCAAUCUGGAACUAUCCCACAGUCCUCCCAUAAUACUUUCUCACAAACUCGAGGUCAUUGCCAUUCUUGUAAACUUCAAGCCAAUUUCAUUUUUCGGAGGUCUGUGUGGUAAUUCUGCUGAAUUUGAUAAAUCUCAUUUCAAUGCAAUCUCAGGGCACGACAAGAUGAACUAAAUUUAUGUUUAUUGAAAGUUGGUCGUUUUGACGAUUUAUCAUUUGUAAGUGGUUUUACACAUUCAGCGAUGUGUAUGCAGCUUACAAAGUGUACAUUAAAGAAACGCAAGAGGAUAUUUAACAGUGGGGCAAUACAUUUAGGAGGGUGGCUAGUUUAGGUCUGCUGCAGAGCCAUCAGUUCAUUUAUACAGUAAAUGGGACCUGCGUAUCUUACCUCUCUGCUGCUGGUUGUGUUGAAUUCCCCUUAUGGUCUCAUGUGCCAAUAUAUACAUAGAUAUAUAUGUAGAGUACACUGUGGCAUCUCUGACUUCACAUCUUAAAUUCCAGUGUGUGUCGUUUUGUUGUAGAGCACUUCUGUUUGGAGGCACUUUGAUGAUUCUUGUGUGUUUGAGGUGGGGUUGGGUUGGAAAGGGUUGAGGAUAUUCGUCAGAUAUAUUUGUCACCUCAUGCUGACUAUUUGUGAUAAUCUUGUUGCUGUCAUUGGAAUAAUCCUUUAUAACAAGCAAGAACUUUAACAGCAUUGGGGAUUAUGGUGUGCUGAUGGCAUACAGAUCACGAGUGAUCCCUGGUACUUUUUUUGAAUACCAAAAAUGUAAUAGCAUUUUAAUAUCUUGUUUAUAAAAGUUUGACAAAAACACAAUUGAAAAUGCACUUCUUGCUGAUAUGAUCUCCUGCUUGCUGGUCACAUUCUGAAGGUUGACCGCAAGCUGGAGGGCCUUUUGUGUAUGCUGUAUUAACUGUUUGUAAAAAUGGGGACUGAAAAUGAACUGUGCAUUUCCAUCUCAGUUUCAGUUCGUUUUGGGCCUUUAUGCUGUAUAAACCUUUUUUGUUCUUUAGGGAAAAGACAUUUCAGCAGAUGUGUCUUAAGAAAUUAAAGUGACUUUUUUUUCUGUUUCGGGGUGGGGGUGGGGGUGGGUAUCACUGUUGCCUGUGUAUGUAACUGCCUUGUUCCAAACUCAGUCGCAGCUGACUGACAGUGAACCACAAUGUGGCUGUAUUUCCAAACAGCCAAACAUCACAGGAAGUCUCUGGUGACACCAGCAUAGGUAGACUACAGCUAAACAUUAUCUUGUAUAUUAUCAUGCUCAUUAUGUAGGAAAAAAAAUGCUAUCAGAUUCUGAAUCCUUCCCUUGUGAAACUAAUGGGUAAAAUAUAAUUAGAAUUAAGCAAUAGACCUUGAUCCUUACAGUGUGUCAUCUGAGAGAAUUUUCCUAAAGGAGUGAUCAAUGAUAGAUAUGAACCAAACAGUCUUACUGGAGAAGCAUGUUUAAAAUUAAUUGACACCGGACAUACAUGCAGUAUUUGUGUAUACCUUCAAUCAUUAUGUUGUAUCCCUUAAUUAUGAACCAUGUUUUUAUCUCUAGGCAAAGAAUGAAAAAUCAUAAACAUAUCAAAAUAAAUAUCUUCACCGAUACUUGAAUUGAAGUGCGCCAAUUGUAAAAUGUGAAUUUAUUUUUUUCUUACAUUUUUGUUUGGGUCUGACCCUUUCAAGGGUAUUGAUACCAUGCUCACAAGAUUUAACAUUCUUCACUAUAAAAAAAAAAAAAGCGAUCUUAAAAAAAAAAAAAAAAAGUUUGAAUGUGUUUGGUUUUGUAUGUGCGCUCUCUAAUCACUGCUUCUUGUCACGGGGCGACUGUCUGCAUUUAUAAUCCAUUCAUUUACUUACAGUAAUAUGUUGUACUGUCUGUUAUUUGUGUGUUUUAAAAAUUGUUCAAACAUGGUUACUAUCUAGCAUUGCACUGAGUGUCUUUUUUUCCCUUGCUCAGCUAUACUAAAAAACUGAAAACUGCAGGGGAGAUGAUGACAUUUCAUGUGUUACUGUUUACUCAAGGACUUUAUGGAUUUAUUGUCAUCUUAAAAUGUUUAAAACCUGUAAAAUUGUAUCCUCAUAGUGGCUUUUAUUGUGGAUUCAUUCCCACACAAGUUAUCAUUUUGAAGAGUGUUGCAUCAUUUCAAUUGCAUUAUUAAAUUAAAUAAAUACAAAAAAAAAAACUGAGCUUUGGCUAUAGUGAGAAAGUUGGUAGAGAAGCAGUUACAUUCAUGGAUGAACAGUAAAGAUGACCAGAUGCUAGUUAGUGACAUUCUGACUCAUUUCAAAAGGUGCCUCUCUUCCAUUCUGUGAAAUUCUUUUUCUUUUCAAAUCUACCUACCGUUUACAAAUGGUUGAAUUGUCUGAACUUGCAAAAAUAAAAGAAAUUGAUUACAAGAAUGCAAGAUAAAAAAACUUCCAUUUAAAUAAAUAAAUUUAAAAAAAAAACCUUUUAAAAUGAAGAUGUAUGCUACUUGCUGAACUCUGGGAUUGUUUCAGUGUUGCAUUGUGUUUUGCUUAUAAAUUACAUUCUUGUUGCUUAAACUGAUGCCGAAGCUUUCAUUUCUGUAAAUGUAACAUGAUUCUGUCACUGUCUUGCACACUGACAGGGGACUUGGAUAUUUUCUCAGGAAGAUUAGGGGUCCAGAGUUACAGUUCCACUGUUACGAUGUUGAUUAUCAUGAGAAUUUAACAAGUGGGUUAAUGAAAGAAGAAAAAAAGAUGCUGAUAGAAAUCCAGCUGUAAGCACUGAAGGUUAUGGAUUUAAAAAUGUCUUUUUGAAUUUGAAUCCGUAGCAGAUACACAUUUACCAAAUAUUAGAUUCGUAGUGAACCUAUGCGUAAUAUUUCUUGGAAUACUUUCUAUCUGAAAUAUGUUUGUUUGAAUCUGUCGCUUUAUGUACAAAUACAGUUAUGUUUAUUGGUUAGGUUGUGGAAGGACCUACCACUGUUUGAUUUUACCUUGCCUGAUGUUUCUCAACGAGGUCCAGUAAAAGAUGCUUGAUAUUCCAUCCUCUUGUCUUUACUUGUUUUAAAAAAAAAUUCAGUAGAGGCCUGAAUGCAAAGGCCAGAGAAUUGUAGAUUAACACAGAACUUGAACUCUUACCAGAGCUUCUUACUAGUUUUUAGAGUUAAUUCUCCAUCAAGUUUUAACACUAGAUGCAGAAAUAAGAUGUUGUGAAAGGAUUAAGAAUCUAUGCACAAGUUUGAGGGGGACAGUAUGUCUGGACUCGCUAUUGUUACUGGGGGUGGUGGGGGGGGUCCAGUUUUCAUUUUAAUCAGCAGAAAGUGUCAUCAUCACUGUCUCUCAACCAAGGAUCAUCAUCAACCAAGCACUGUGGGUUUAUGCAAAUCUCUGACUUUCUUGUGUGUAAUGAUGGGUUGUUAAAGGGAAUUAAACUGUUUCUCUUUAUUGUUCAGAUAUUAAGAACAUGACUGUACUGAGAUUUAACUAGUUGUUGUUGUCCCCCCCCCCCCCACCCCCACCCUUCUUACCCUAGCUGACACAAAAAUGAAAAUACUGUCAUCAUUUACUCUUUCUCUGGUUGUUCCAAAUCUGUACGACAUUCUUUCUUCUGGUGAAAACAGAAGAAGAUAUUUUGAAAAAUGUUGGGAACCAGAUAGUUGCUGGUAGCCAUUGACUUCCAUAGUUCCUUUUCUCUCUCUCACUACACUAUAGAGAUACCAACAACUGGUUACCUACAUUCAUCAAAAUAUCUUCUUCUGUGUUCAAUAGAGGAGAGAAGUUUAUACCCGUUUGGAACAACAUGAUGAUGACAUUUUCACUUUUGUGCGAAAUAUCCUUUAAUAGAAUGUGAUAGUUGAGGACUUGCACCGAAAAAGUCUUUCCAUGUGGUAUGGAGAUUAUUUCAGCCUAUAUUAAUAAACAGCAUUUUUCCUC